AUGUCUGCAGCUAUGGAUCGUGCUAUGAUGGCAAUGUCCAUCAAAGAAGAAGAUUUGCCGGUGGAGAUUCCAAAUCGUCCGGAGUACUGUUCGAAGGAGAAUAAUGCAUUGAGUAUGAUUGAUCGGGUUUUGAACCCAAAGUGUCAAAACGUUGCUCAUCUGAUAGUCGACCUUCCUCGCAAAUGGGGGAAAGCUGGGAGGAUCAGAGGAGUCGUGCUGUCGAAUGAAAGUUUUCAAUUCUUCUUCAAGACUGAACAUGACCUUGAAGAAAUCAUGGACAAAGGAGUUCAAUCGUUCAACGAAUGGGCUGUAGUUAUGGAGAGAUGGGUGGAGAAGGAACCACCGGAGUUCUUACAGUUUGUCCCUCUCUGGGUACAGAUUAGGGAGCUUCCCCUAAAUCAUUAUAGGUCUCAGACGAUUUGGGACAUAGGGGAUGUUCUAG